CAUCAUCAACUUUAUUCUUCUCUCUCCUCUUUUUCUUCUUUUCCCUAUAAUAUCAUUUCAAUUCCACUAUCUUCUCUUUUUGCAUUUGAAUUCAUUCGAAUAUAUUCUUCAGUUCCACUACUCUUCUUAUAAGCUUUUUCUAAAUUCUAAUAACAAAAAUUUAUAGUCUAUUUCUUAAUUAUUUGACUUAUAUCAAAAUCAUCAAACUUUAUAUUUUUCUUAGGAAAAAAAAUUGAAAUAUGGAACGUGGAGUUGUUGAUGGUAUUAUCAAUAGGUUACUUGAAGUAAGAGGAAGACCAGGGAAGCAGGUUCAGCUUUCUGAGGCAGAAAUCAAACAGCUUUGUCUUGUCUCUAAAGAUAUCUUCAUGAACCAGCCUAAUCUCUUGAAACUAGAGGCACCUAUUAAGAUCUGUGGAGAUAUUCAUGGUCAAUAUUCCGAUCUUCUGAGGCUUUUCGAGUACGGUGGAUUUCCUCCUCGCUCGAAUUAUUUAUUUUUAGGAGAUUACGUUGAUCGUGGAAAGCAAAGUCUAGAAACAAUAUGUCUUCUUCUGGCAUAUAAAAUAAAAUAUCCUAAAAACUUCUUCCUUCUAAGGGGUAACCACGAAUGUGCUUCCAUAAACCGUAUCUACGGAUUUUAUGAUGAAUGUAAAAGGAGAUACAAUGUGAAGCUAUGGAAAAUGUUUACCGAUUGUUUCAACUGUUUGCCUGUGGCGGCUCUCAUUGAUGAAAAGAUUAUCUGUAUGCACGGUGGACUCUCUCCUGAAUUACACGAUUUAAAUCAGAUAAAGAAUUUGCGUCGUCCGUGUGAAGUUCCUGAAUCCGGUCUAUUAUGUGACCUCUUAUGGUCUGAUCCUAGUAGUGAUGUUCGUGGUUGGGGAGAAAGUGAACGCGGAGUUUCAUAUACAUUUGGGGCUGAUAGGGUUAAAGAGUUUCUUCAAAAGCAUGAUCUUGAUUUGAUUUGCAGGGCUCAUCAGGUUGUUGAAGACGGAUACGAGUUCUUUGCGAAUAGACAACUCGUAACAAUCUUUUCAGCGCCUAAUUACUGUGGUGACUUUGACAAUGUUGGUGCUAUGAUGACUGUAAAUGAAUCACUUGUGUGUUCUUUUCAAAUACUGAAGCCUCUUGAUAAAAAGCCUAAGUUUAGCUUUGGAAGCACAACUACAGUUAAGUCUGGUACUCCAACAAGAUUCAAGCAAGCAUUUUUUGGUGCUAAAGCAUGACAUGGUGGACAUGAUUUUGAUAUGUAAUGUUUGAAAUGUGGCCAAAGUUGGCUUGGAAAGAAAGAAUACAAUGCAACUACCAAAAUAACACAAAGUCUCUGCUUUAACCUUCAGGGACAGCUAAAUAUUUCUUUCUUUUGAUGGCAUAGUUGAACCUUGUACAAUAUUGUCAAACGCAAUUGAAGGAUAUAUGUGUCAUUUUUCUUUUCUUUUGGUUAUUAUCAUAUUAUGCUCUAUGCCGAUCUCUCUUUGUAUUAUAAAGAAUUUUAAUGUUAUAUAUUGUAGUAACUUGAACUAGAUUCAAUA